AUGGCAUCAACACAUCCUGAUUUCGAUUCCAAAGUCCAGAAAGCACUCAAGGGCACCAAGUUCCAAGUUUCGAAACUGGAGAAGAUCACGGGUGGAUCUGUCAAUUGGAUCUAUAAGGCGGAACUUGUGAGGCCUCUGUACAAUGGAGAGGAGGAGGUUUUGGUCAAACACGGAGAGCCGUAUAUGGCGUCCAAACCAGAGUUUGCACUACCCGCACUCCGUAGUACUAUCGAGAUAGAGAGUCUCAAGAUCUUAUCAGCCGUCUCAUCAUUCAGCAAUCAACCGAGUGACACCCACAAUUUCGUUGUGCGAACGCCAAAGUUCUAUCAUUUUGAUCAAGACAGCUCAACUCAGGUAUUGGAGUUCUUGUCGGAUGGUAUUCAUCUAAAGGACUAUGCCAUUAAAAACUAUGGCCCACCGACGCCUGAGUCAUUCCAGCCCCAGUGCCAUGAACUCGGAAAGGCACUCGGCAGCUGGUUACGGGAUUUCGUGGCAUGGAGUGCUCAACAAGUCAAACACCGAGAGCUUGUAGCCCAGAACGAGUUUGGUCAAGCUGUUCGGCACAUGUUGAACUACGGAUGGCUUCAUGAGCGGACUAAGGAAUAUCCAGGUAUUCUCAACGAUGUGGAGGAUAUCCUUACGCAAGUUGAGCAGCUGGCCGCAUCAGAGAAGGAAAACACGGACGAGCUGCAGAUUAUCCACGGAGACUUCUGGACCGGAAAUGUUGUUCUCCCCAACGCUGCUAUCAAUGAAGGCACGAAGAUUCUCGUAUUCGUCGUUGACUGGGAAAUGACGCAACUCGGUCUGCCCAGCGUAGAUUUCGGAGAAAUGAUUGCCGAAAUGUAUGCGCUAUGGCUAUACAAGUCCAUCGAUGCGGGACUAUGGAUGAUGGAGGGAUUCAUCGAAGGAUACGGACAUAUCAGCGAAGAGAUCGCUUUUCAGACCGCUAUACACGUUGGAACGCAUCUUGUUUGCGUGACUACUGACUUCCCAGCAUGGGGCCGUGAGAACUACGAGAGAGUGGUUGCUGUAGGAAAAGACAUUAUUGUCCAUGCUUGGAAGAAGGACCGCGAGUGGUUUCAAGAGGGAGAUUUGGCAUGUUUAUUUAGGUCUGAAAAUUAG